AUUUAAAGCGAGCCUUGUUUACUUCUCUGGUUGGUGUGCUGAAUAUAUGAUAAAUAUUUUCCAAAUAAGUGUUAAAGCCGUUUUUAAGUAGGUGAUUUAUUUUAGUGUUUGAAAUCCAAAAGGUUUGCAAUAUUUAAAAAUAACCCUCUUAACAAACCACUUCCGUAUUAGCUGAAGUGAUAUGAACUCAAUUUUCCUGUUUGAGGAGUGUCCGGUCAUUAUUUGUCUUUGUGUCAGUUCAAAGCUAAGGGUUUAGAGGCAAACACUGCAGUGACACAGCAAACUUUAUUAGACUUCGGUAUGGCAUCGGAGGACGGAUUGGAGAUGCCCCCGGCUCAAGCAGCGGAUCAGAGGGAUGGUGGGGCAGUCACAGAGCACGUGGGCGUCCCAUCUGACUCUACCCCCAAUUCCUCCGCAGCCACAGAGUCAGCAGGACAGAAUCCGAGUGAUGUUGAUGUGUGUCGCUUUUUCCUGAUGGGAAAGUGUCACUUUGGACACAGAUGUCGUAUGUCUCACAGUGUCCCCUCAUUAGAUGAUUCAGGGGCUGCCGCUCCUGACCAGGAUGACAAACCAGACCAAGAAAAAGCAGAGAAACACAAGCAGAGAGUGAACAAACCAAAAAAGGCCACAUAUGAGGCAAAAGAAGUGAACAAAAAGCCUCGUAUGCGUACAGCAGAUGACGUUAUUUCCCGGAUCCUUUGGGACCCCACAGUGGAUGCAUCAGAGUUUGUGGUUGGGUAUGUGGAUCGCUUCCUGGGUGUGCUGGAGCGUCCCUUCUGUGACUUCAACUGGGACACCAAUCCCUGUGACUGUGAUUACACUACUGAGCUGGCCCUCCCCAGACACAGGAUCCAGUACUUCACCUACAGAGGGUACCGUGUGUGGGAUCGCCACACACGGACUGACAGGGUGUUUGGAUCCACCGGUCAAUCUCUGGCUCCCCCCUUUGGAGGGGACGAGGAAGUAAAGGAAAUUAACACAGAAAACCAGGAAGAACAACAAGAGCUCCUCAAAACAACAGAAGAGCAGCCACAUGCUGCCUGUGGGCAGGAAGAGAGUGAAACAGAUGAGUGUAUUCAUACCGAGGACACACAUCUGGAAGAGGAGAAGCAGAGGGAGAUGAAUAUUUACACCGCUGACUCAACAGCAGAAGCAUCUCCUCAGUGUCGAAAAGACACUUCUCAAAAACAACAGGAAACACAAGGAGCAUGUGUUACGGAGGAGGCUGAUAAAAGUCCUGAGACUUCCACAGACCAAAGUUCCUCAUCCCUGGAAGGAGAAAGUGUAAAAGAGGAGGCAAAGGAAGAGGCUUCGGCAGAAUGGCCAGAGAGCUGGGAAGGAAAGGACGAUACCUCGAGUCAUCUUGAAGCUCUCAACAUCAACCAGAAUCCAUCAGCACCUCUGGAGCAGAGGGAGGAGAAGCGUGGUGGUCGCCCCCCUAAAAAACAACCCACACACUUCAUCACCUUCAGAGCCAACACUCCCGCUGUCCUCUCCGGUUUCCAGCAGCUGCAGGACGAGAUGACCUCCCUCCUCCCCUCCUCUGCUUCUCACUGGCAGAUCGCCUCCAGCCUCCAUGUCACCAUGUGCCUGCUGGUGCUGCCCGGCCCUGCUGAGGUGGCCGCUGCCGGGGAAAUCCUCCGACAGUUUGCUCAUCUGGAUCGUAACCCUCCCGUUGCUCUGACCUUUCCCGUGAAGCUGAAACACUUCAACGGGAGGGUGCUGUACCUGAGCCCCCAGCCUCAGCUCCUCCUCCAGCAGCUUAACAGCGGCAUGCAGGAGGCCUACAGGAAGGAGGGCCUGCUCCACAGGGACUCCUUCAACCCACGCUACCACCUCACACUGGCCAAGGUAGACAAAAAGGAAGGGGAGAGGAUUUUUGAAACGGUGGGGGACCUGAAAGUGGGGAAGGGGUUAAACUUUGGUCGUCUGCCAAUAAACACCUUACACCUAUGUGCCAUGGGUGGCCCCAAAGUAGACGGUUUUUAUGAGACAGUGUGCACAGUAAAUCUUAGAUGAUAGAGGAGUUGACUUUAUUUACAUGCACACACUACCUCCAUGUACAGUAAUACUGGAGAUACAUGGAUGGGUGCAACACCUCUGACAAUUGCACUGGUCAUGUGGCCUUAUACAACCAAAUCUGGUGUCUGUGCUUUAAAUUUUGAAUUUGAUAAAAAAAAAUGUUUUUUACCAGAAGCACUUUAAUAAAGGGGUAGAAAUUAGAAGGAAGGCCUGAAGGAAGAAAAAACUAACUUGAUGCAGUGUCGCAAAACGACAAAAAGCACCGUGCAAUAAUAAAACUUCACUUUAGUUACAUGUAAAAGGUUACACUACUUCUGUUUAAGUUAAAUUAAAAAUACCAGAUCUGAAAAAAAUGCAUGUAUUUUUAAUACAUAUCUUAUUUACAUCAAUUAGCGACAUUUACUUGUUUUAGAAUAUUUCUAGAUGAAAUCUCUGCUGCACAGAGGCUUUAUUGUUUUUGCUCGUUUUCAACUCUAUUUGGGCCUUAUCAGAAAUGCUUUCUUAUCAAAAACAUUUCAGAAUUAGACCGUAUGUGAUCAAUUUUUUUUUUUCAAUUUUUCAAUACACAGAAUAACCAAUUGCAACUAAUUUAUGAAUGUAAAUUUAUGAAUAUUUUAAUUUGAGCAAGAUGCAAACAAUGUAUUUGCUCUAGCUUCUCAAUUUUAAGGAAAUGCACAUUGUUUUUAAUUUUUUUACUAUCUUCUUAAAUGUAAUGGACCAAAUGUAAUGUAUUUCUUCAUCACAAUCCACGUUAGUUGCAGAAUUAGUCGAAUUGCAACCUCUAGCAUAAGCCCUGAGAAACAGUAAAACAUCGCCAGCUGUUCAUUUGUAGGUAGGUCAGAUCUGGAGUCACACACUAAUAGAUGGUUGUAAAGGAUGUUUCAUCAUCUUUGAGACUUGAUUCUCACUGAAAAUGCAGCGCAGACUUCCAACUUUCUCAUAAAAUAGAAGCCCCUGAGUUGAAUGUAAAUAGUUUCCCUCCUUUAUGUUAUGGUGCAACAAACUAGGUGUACGCUGAAUGCAGGCAUACUUCACUUUGAUAUCUACGUUUUUUACUGCUGCACAGACAGGACGUAUGCACUCGUUGUUAAGGCUUAUGAGCCACACAUAGAUCGUUUAUGAGGGGAAAAGAUUACAUUUUCUUGACGGCCAUGAAUUAAUCAAAGUGCUUGUAAUCUGGAGCUCUUAAUGCCUCGAUUUAUACAGCCUGUUUUCUAUGAAUAUUGUAUGCACUGUUUUCAACAGAAGCCUUUGUAUGAUUUUCAAUGAAUGAUACAGACUCGAUUGUAAAGUUCAUUAAAUAUAAAACUGGCUGUUUAAAA